AUGGAAAACAUUUUCAGACCAAAAUCCAAGCUCUUCCUCAUUUUCUUGUCUUGUUUUUCUCUUGUUUUGUUCACACUUUACACUCUAAAUUCCCAUAUAAUCACUCAAAGAAGUUCAUCAAUUAACUCAACAUCAAUACACAUUCACAAGCACAUUCAAGUAGCAAAUACACAUUGCCAAGGCACGUUGUACCCAGAAUUGUGUGUCUCUACACUCUCUACAUUCCCAGAUCUUCACAAAAAAUCUAUCCCGGAAGUUAUAUCCACCCUUGUCAAUGUCACCGCCGUGGAGGUCCGCGCCUGCGCUGCCAACGCCACCGGUCUCCGCCGGAGACUCAAGAAACUCGACCCCAUUGAUCGGAGAGCUCUCGACGACUGUCUCGAGCUUUUUUCGGACACGGUGGCUGAGCUGAAAAUUAUACUUUCCGAUCUAGCAAAAAACACUUCUGCAGAAAAAAAUUAUUUGGAUUUACAAACACUUCUCAGUGCUGCAAUGACAAAUCAGUACACUUGCCUUGAUGGGUUCGCUUAUAGUAAAAACAACACUCGCCGGUUCAUUCAAGGCCGGCUAAAGAAAAUCUCUAAGCAUGUGAGUAAUUCACUCGCCAUGCUCAAGAAAAUCAAGAAGAAGAAGAAGAAGGGUUCAAGUAAUAAUGAAGUGUUUGACGAAUACGGGUCGACGAAAAAGGGGUUCCCGGUUUGGCUUCGGAAGAAGGACCGGAAACUUUUACAGGCGUCGGCGAAUCAAACGCAGUUUAAUUUGGUGGUUGCGAAAGAUGGGAGUGGGAACUUUACGACUAUAAAUGAGGCGUUAAGUGCAGCGCCGAAUAAUAGUAAUACAAGGUUUGUGAUUUACAUCAAGGGUGGAGCGUAUUAUGAGUACAUUGAAGUGGAAAGGAGAAAGAGCAUGAUCAUGUUUGUAGGAGAUGGAAUUGGAAAGACACUUAUAAAGGGCAAUCGGAGUGUCGGGGAUGGCUGGACAACUUUCCGAUCUUCUACCGUUGCGGUGGUGGGAAAUGGAUUCAUCGCCAAAGGCAUCACAUUUGAGAACUACGCCGGUCCAAGCAAUCACCAAGCUGUGGCGCUAAGGAGCAGCGCAGAUUUCUCCGCCUUCUACCAAUGCAGCUUCGUCGCAUAUCAAGACACACUCUACGUCCAUUCCUUCCGUCAAUUCUACCGCGAGUGCGACAUUUACGGCACAAUCGACUUCAUCUUCGGCAACGCGGCUGUCGUCUUCCAAAACAGCAAUCUAUACGCGCGUAGACCUAACGCCAAUCAAAGAAACAUAUAUACUGCCCAAGGAAGGGAAGAUCCGAACCAAAACACUGGGAUUUCAAUCCUCAAUUGCAAAGUCGCCGCAGCCGCCGAUUUGAUUCCAGUCCAAUCCUCGUUCCGAACCUAUCUCGGUCGGCCGUGGAGACAGUAUUCCAGGACUGUAUUUCUUCUGUCAUAUAUUGGUGAUCUGGUUGAACCGGCGGGUUGGUUGGAAUGGAAUGGAACUUUUGCAUUGGAUACGCUUUAUUAUGGAGAGUAUAGAAAUAGAGGACCCGGGUCAAACACGACUGCUAGAGUGAGUUGGCCGGGUUACCGAGUUAUAAAUAAUUCAACUGAAGCGAGUCAGUUUACUGUUGCGAAUUUCAUACAAGGAGAUCAAUGGCUGCCAGCGACGAAAAUUCCGUUCUAUUCCAAUUUAACGGCCGUUUGA